AAAUAAGAAGGGAACAUGCCAUAGUAAUAAGACAUCAGGGUGCGAGAGCCUGUUCUCCGACUGAAGAAUUUUCCACGCUUGUCAGACGGAAGACAUAUCCAGCUCUUCGCAUCUCCUGAAGAGAAUCACUUUCUUGGCUUGAAGUGCAUGUUGUAAGCUCAGCAUGAAUCCUUUCACACACACUUUGUUCUGUUGCGCCCUGCUCCUUUUAACCCUUAAGGAGCUGACAGAGGCGUGCAGCUGUGCCCCCACCCACCCCCAGCAGAAAUUCUGUAAUGCGGAUAUUGUGAUUCGUGCACGAGUAAUUGGUGAAAAGAAGAUCCCCACUUCAGGAAGAGAAACACUUGACAUGACAACCCAAUAUGAAAUCAAACUAACUAAGAUCUUGAAAGUAUACGGGGAGAUGACAGACAUCCAUUAUGUGUACACCCCAUCCGAAUCAUCUGUUUGUGGAGUGAAGCUGGAAAAAAGAGAAUAUGUUCUAGGAGGAAAGAUUUAUAAUAACAAAGUCAACAUCAACUUGUGUGGUCUUGUUUCUGUCUGGGAGAACUUAUCAUCAUUCCAGAGGGAGAGUCUCACUAAACCCGAUAUGGGGUAUCAGAAAGGCUGUGUAUGUAAAAUUAAAUAUUGUGGCAUGGACGUCUGCGACAGCCCCACACAAGACCUCGAGUGUACCUGGAAAGACUGGCAGCAGACUCAGACACUAGAACGAGAGCACGCAUGCAUGAAAUCGGGUAAAGUCUGCAGAUGGCACCCUAUUAUAGCUGACAAGUCGAUUUUUGCCAGCCAUCCUUAGACGAUCAUAAUGGACCCCACCGACUCAGUUGAUGUUCUGUAAUUACCAGCUGAAGACAAUAGAUCACAAACAAUACAAUGAACUGUACAGAACAUGUAAUGAAAUUGUGGCGUUGGUGGUUUAAGGUAGAAUAUAAAGGAAAAAAUAAAAAAUAAACAAAUGCUUCAAUAGUAUUUGAGCAACUGUAUAAAAAAAAUUAAUGGGAAGACAGGCAGAAAAAUUCCUAAUUUUUCUUUUAAGCAACUUUUUGAAUCAAAAGUUCUGCAUAAGAGCCGUUAUGGUGGCCCACAGAGUCCCCUGCGGCCCUGUAUUACAAAAGCGUCGGGACUCCACGUGCCGCCAUAUCGUGCUCUGUCCAUUACUGAAUGUGGGAGAUUUUCUCCUCUAGAAACAAUGUAAUAUAUCACUCAACUGAAAAUAUAGUUCAGUGGUCUACAAUAGAGACGAGCGAACUUACAGUAAAUUCGAUUCGUCACGAACUUCUCGGCUCGGCAGUUGAUGACUU